AAAUCCCUUUCUCCCACAGUCCACUCCUUUCGCUAGAGUUAGGGUUUCUCUCAUUCGGAACCCUUAUCUCCUAUCUGCUUCCCGUUCACCGUCAUUAUUCUUCUUCGAGGUUACCAGGGUUGGUUUCUUUUUCCACUCCGUUCAUUUCCGGAUUAUUUUUUGUUUCCUUCCUGUUGUUGAGAUUGUUUCGGGAGUUUAUUUACGCUCGCUGUAGGCUUUCUGGUAUUUUACGAUUAGGAUUUUUUUCGAUAGUUUUGGCGUUGGAGCGAAGAUGAUGCAACCUGCAAGUGGUGUUGUUCCUCCUCCCAUGGCUCCCUCACAGAUGGAUCAACAACACCAGCACCAACAUCAACAUCAGCACCAACAGCAGCCACCACCGCAGCAGCAGUGGAUGAUGAUGCCCCCACAACAGCCUAUGCAGCAACAGGCUCCUCCUAUGUGGGGUCAACAGCCACAGGCAGUACCGCAGCCGCAGGUACCAUCUCAACAGCCACAGCCCCAACCGCAGCAACAGAUGCAGCCUCAGUACGCGUCCGCGCAGCCAGUGAGCGCUGAUGAGAUCCGCACUCUUUGGAUCGGAGAUUUACAAUACUGGAUGGAAGAGACCUACCUCCACAGUUGUUUUGCUCAUACAGGCGAGGUUGUGUCUGUGAAAGUCAUCCGCAAUAAACAAACCGGUCAGUCCGAGGGUUAUGGUUUUAUUGAGUUUGUUUCUCACACUGCUGCAGAGAGGGCUUUAACGUCAUACAAUGGCACACCCAUGCCUAGUAUCGAGCAGAAUUUUAGACUGAACUGGGCUACUUUUAGUUCCGGGGAGAGGCGUCAAGAUGAUGGUUCAGACUUCCCAAUAUUUGUGGGAGAUUUAGCAGCUGAUGUUACAGAUUACAUGUUACAAGAGACAUUCAGGAGUCAUUAUUCCUCUGUCAAGGGUGCUAAAGUUGUUACUGACAGAGCAACUGGACGAUCAAAGGGUUAUGGGUUUGUUAGGUUCGGAGAUGAAAGCGAGCAGUUGCGUGCCAUGACUGAAAUGAAUGGGAUGUUUUGUUCAACAAGGCCAAUGCGUAUUGGACCAGCAACCACGAAAAAGAGUGUGGGUGGCCAGCAGCAAAAUAAAUCUUCUUACCAGAGUACUACUCAAGGAACUCAGAACGAGAAUGAUCCCAAUAAUACAACUAUAUUUGUUGGUGGUUUGGAUUCCAAUGUCACAGAUGACCAUCUGAGACAAGUUUUUGCUCAAUUUGGGGAGUUAGUUCAUGUGAAAAUACCAAUGGGAAAACGUUGUGGAUUUGUUCAAUUUGCAAACAGAGCUUGUGCUGAGGAAGCUUUGCUGAUGUUGAAUGGAACUCAGUUAGGGGGACAAAAUAUUCGACUUUCAUGGGGACGUACCCCUGCAAACAAACAGGACUCUGGGGGAUGGGUUCAGCCGCAGCAGCCAGAUCCAAACCAGUGGAAUGGUGGUGGGUAUUAUGGAUAUGCUCAAGGUUAUGAAUCAUAUGGAUAUGCAGCAGCUCCACAAGAUCCUAACAUGUAUGCUUAUGGAGCGUAUCCAGGAUAUGGGAAUUACCAACAACAGCAGUGAUCUAUUCGUGGGGAUGAGGAAUCAGCUGAUCGUGAUUGUCAUCUAGAGGCAUAUGUGUAUUUAAAGAGGGGACGAGGAGAGCGGAAUAUUCAUUUGUCUAGUGUAAUCUAGUUUGCUGCUGUUCUUCAAGCAUCUUUACUAGGGCUUAGCCUUGGUUGGAAUCCUUCAUUGGAAGGAGCUGUAAAGCUUGCUCGCUUGCUCUGAUUGUUUAGGCCCUUGUUCUAUCUUUAUGCUUUAUCAUUUCUCUUCUGUGUUUACUUGCAACUGAGUUUCCAGACAGAUUUUUAUAGACUAGUAAUCUUAUGCUGGAGAUGAAUUCUAUUUUAUAGACUUCCAUUAUUUACAUCAAAGAUUGAUAUGUUUGAUA